CUGAUAAUGAGACUAGUUCCUUGACUAGAUCCCUGUUUCCCAGCGCAUUCCCUGAGGCGGAGAUAGAGAUAACACGCCGGGAGUUAGCAGAGCUCGGGACACACGAUGCUGUUCUGCUGGGGAGACGGUGUGCCUGUCCAGGUACCCUUGUUGGACAAGGGGGAACGCGGACUCAUUGCAGCGCCGCGUGAGAUCCAAUGUCUGCGGGACCGGCCGGUGAAAGAAGUUUCAUGCGGGGCAGAGCACUCGGUGUUCCUACUGACCGACGGCACCGUGUAUAGCUUCGGGAAGAACGAUAGCGGGCAACUCGGGAGGAAAACGGGCACGUCUGCCUUGGAUGAGGUAAUGGCUCUGAAUACAGAGACAAUUGUCAAUGUGGCCUGUGGAAAGCACCAUACAUUGGCUCUUUGUGAAAAUGGAUCUGUCUUUGCCUGGGGAGCUGGAACCUAUGGUCAACUGGGUAGAGGGGAAUACCCAACCGCUGUUUCUCAACCAAGGAAAGUGAAUCAUCUUGAAGUUCCUACUGUGCAGAUUAGAUGUGGCCACUACCAUUCACUGGCUCUUUCUCGAGAUGGGACUGUCUAUUCUUGGGGACAGAACACUUACGGGCAACUGGGAAAUGGAAAAGACUUGGAAAAGCAGCAACAUCCACAGAGAGUGAGAAGUCUGACUGGGAUACCAGUGGCUCAGAUUGCUGCUGGGGAAAGCCACAGCUUUGCCCUUUCUCUAUCAGGGGCAGUGUAUGGAUGGGGAAGAAAUAAUCAUGGACAACUGGGGCUCAAGGACAGGGAAGAUCGAGAAAUCCCAUGUCAUGUGAAUCCACUGAAGAGGCUCAAUGUUAGUUACAUCUCGUGCGGCAACCAGCAUUCUGUUGUUCUAACUCAGGAUGGAGCUGUAUUCACAUGUGGAGACGGGAGCUCCGGACAACUGGGCAGGACGGGCAAUGUGACUUCUUUUCAAAAGGUGGCGAAUAUCAAGGACGAGGUUUCCCAGAUAGCUUGUGGGAGUUAUCACACACUCGCCUACAUCCCCUCCUCUGAUCUCGUGGUCUCCUUUGGCUUGGCAAACCGGGAAAAAACAGAGAGAGCUUCAACAAGAAACCAAGUUCAUUGCGAGUCACAAAGUGCCAAGGUUCACAAGAUUUUUGCAGGAGCAAACAUCAAUUUUAUUCAGACUCAGCUCCCAAUACCUGCAGUUGACCUUCGCCACAGAGACAGUAAAGAGCAGAUGCUCACAUUUGAUGCAACCGUUGUUAAGAAAUGGAUCAGCACUGAUGAAUGCAGCAAUGAAAGAAUUAAUGCAAAAAAUGAAAUUGGUUUAAUAUUUUCAUCCUCAUCCUGCCUCGUUGGGAGUUUCCUCAAGAAAAGUGAUGGAGACCAGUGCAAAACAGGAGGCAACCUUUUGAGUGUUGAUAUGGAAGCAGCCAGAGAAAUGUUUCAGAAGAUUAGUGAAAAAGACUGGAUUGUCAACAAGAUAACAUCAAGCCUGGCAUCGAAAUUAAUUCCACAUCUUAAGAUGAUGUGCUCUGAUGAAGAAGCAUUGAUGAUUUACCUGAUUCUGCCAGAGUGCCCUGUAAUGCAGCACAAGAACAACAUCAGCACUCUGCUUACUGACUUUGUAAAAGCCAUUGCACAUCUGGAUCCUGCCUCAAAAGAUACACUGGGAAAAUAUUGGUCAACCCUGGAAUCAUCCUACCUGAAUACGAUUGUCGAGAUGAUUAAGAAUCUGUUGACCCAGCUGGUAAUAGACCUCCAUUCCUUAUAUCAAUCAUUGCCACAGUCACAGUAUCUCCUGUUAAAUCAAAUGCAAACUGAUUUAAAAGAAGGUCUGGAUGUACUGGAACUAGUCUACAAAGCAAAUACCAAGUCAAAACAUAGAAUUCCACAGAGCAAUUUCUACAUCAGUGAACUUCAACGGCUUCCACUCAACAUCCUCACACCUAGCGAAGGACAAUGGGCCGACAUUAUCCUGAUGAUUCUUUCCUACCCAUUUAUCUUUGAUUUAAUCGUCAAGGCUCAGUUACUUCGUGUGGAUUCAACUUUGAAGAAGCAGAAAGCAUUUUUUGAAGCUGCUCACUUCAUGUUACACAACUCACUCGCAAGAAGCCCAGAACCUCCCAGAUGCGGCAGGUUCAUGUUAAAGGUUAAUCACCGGAGCUUGGUUGCUGAUACAUUUAAUACAUUGAAGAACAUGGCUAAGGCGGAUCUACAGAAGGAACUUGUGGUGGAAUUUGCAGAAGAGCCUGGCAUUGACCUGGAAACUGUCAAAAAGAAAUUCUUCGUGUCUGUUUUUGAAAAGCUGGUUCAUCCAAGUUCAAAGAUGUUUAUUUAUUUUCAGAACUUCAGAACUAUCUGGUUUCCUUCUCAGGUCUCAGUGCCAAUUAAGGACUACUUCCUACUUGGAGUAUUGUGUGGUCUUGUUGUGUACCAUGCGUGUCUGGUCUCUAUGCCUUUACCACUCGCACUGUUUAAGAAGCUACUGGCCAUCAAGCCAUCUUUGGAGGAUCUGUUAGAAGUGGAACCUGAUUUGCACAAUGUCUUGCAAAACAUUUUGAAAUAUGACGAGGUUGAAGAUCUGGAAUUCUACUUUAUGAUUUAUUGGGAAGGACGGGAUGUCGAAAUCAUUCCAAAUGGCAAAAGACAACUUGUGACCAAGGAGAACCGGGAGAAAUUUGUCGAAGCCUGCUUGAAUUAUGUAUUCAAAACUUCAAUCAAGAAACCCUUUGAGGAAUUUAAAAAAGGAUUCUACCAUAUUUUGGAUGAAAAAAUGAUAAAAUUAUUCCAACCUCAAGAGCUGAAGGACAUCUUGAUUGGAAGCACUGACUAUGACUGGCAAAUGUUGGAAGAGAAUACAGUCUAUCAAGGAAAGUACCACAAAUUGCACCCAACCAUCAGGAUGUUCUGGGAAGUUUUCCAUCAGCUGGUUCUUGAUGAGAAAAAACUUUUUCUCUUGUUUGUCACAGGAUUUUCUCAAGUUCCGGUGAUGGGAAUGAAGUGCGUGAAUAUAGUUAUCUCCUCAAGCAGUUUGACUGAAGGUGAUUAUCCAGAGACAAAGUUUUGUUAUAACAUCCUGUAUCUUCCAGAGUACACCAGUUCAGAAGCUCUUAGAACGAAACUGGUGACCGCUAGAUUUCAGGUGAUUUUAGACUCUUGGUGUAUUAUCAGGAGUAGUGAAGAGCAGGAGAACAUGUUGUACUGCUGGGAGCCAGGCUCGCAGCCUGAAGCUCGCCCCGAGUUGGAGGAUGUUCUCAAAGGCGAACAGAUCCAACACCUUUGCAGACGGGAUGGAUUUACCAUCUUUGUGCUGGCGAACGGGAAAGUUUAUAAGAAAGUCGACGGAGGGAAACCGCGACCUGGGCAGUUUAAUUAUUUCAAGGAACAGAAGAUUCACUUUGCCGAUUGUGGGAGAUCCCAUAUCCUGUUUCUUUCUGAAACAGGAAGCGUUUUUCACAGUGAAGUCAAGCUAAAGGGAUCUGCAGAUAAGCCAAGAGAGACCUUCAUAACGAAACCACAGUUACUUAAGAGUCUGAGUGAAAACAAUAUAAUCCAAGUGACCUGUGGAAAUAAUCACUCACUGGCGCUCUCCAAAGAUGGCCAAGUGUUUGCCUGGGGACAGAACACCUUUGGUCAGCUGGGUCUCGGUAAAAAGGAUCCCUCCCCUUGCAACCCCGAGACUGUGAAAAGAUUUUCUGGGAUCCCAGUGGCUCAGAUUGCAGCCGGAGGAGAGCACAGCUGUGCCCUGACCGUCUCAGGGGCAGUACUUGCCUGGGGAAGAAACAAUCACGGACAGCUGGGGCUCAAGGACACAGAGGAUAUUCUUAUUCCCACACAUGUGCAACUCUUAGCGUGCAAGAGGACCAUCUAUAUUUCUUGUGGAGAAGAGCACACGGCUGUUCUGACAAAGGAUGGAUUUGUUUUCACUUUUGGAGCUGGGGCAUACGGACAACUUGGACACAACUCGACGAAGGAUGAGAUCAAACCUCGUCUGGUUAGCGGACUCUUUGGAAAAAAAGUCUCUCAGAUUGCAUGUGGGAGGUAUCACACAUUGGUCCUCACUCCAUCAUCUGGCACCAUCUAUUCCUUUGGUUGCGGAGAGAUGGGACAGCUGAGAAAUAUCCAAAGUGAACACGCAGCACCUUUUCCCAUCAAACUAAUGGACGCAUCUGGCAAUGGUGGAGCUGAGGACGGCUGUUCAAUUAAACGAGGUGUCAGAAGAAUAUUUGCUGGGGCAAACCAAAGCUUUGCAGUCUGCUAUGAUGAAGAGAAUUUGGUAUCAUCCAGGGACCAGUCUUUGCUCAUUCCUUUGAAGAGAAUCAUGAGAGCGGACAAUUUACUGGAGAAGGAACUGCGCAAGAACACAAGAAAGGCAAUCAUUCGGGCAUAUUCAUCUUCUCAGAUUAUUAAUGCAAGCUUCCUGGAUGUGAGGAAGGAUAACCAUUUCAAAACAAACAGAAGGCUGUCUGGUCUGGAUAUGUCCUCAGUGAAUCAGAACUUUGAGAAUUUGGCAAAAAACAUCUCAAUGUUAUCAAAGGUGACAAAUGCAAUCUUGAGAAACCUGAUCCCUUCAUUACCUUGUUCUCCUGCUUGUGUGGAAGCUCUGCGAGUUUACCUUGUUCUGCCAGAGCUCGUUGCUGUACUUGAAGAACCAAUGAACUCCAAAUUGACAGAAUCCCUGACCAGAGCCAUUCUUUCCCUUGAAGAAAGCUACUUUGAAGUUCUUGAAUGUUGGUGGAGGGCAAUGCCUUUCUACUUCUUCAAGCGUCUUGUGAAGAUUUAUCGUGAAAAAUCAGAGCAACUUCUCAGGCUCACUAUGGCGGUCAUCCCAGAAGAUACCUCUGAUCUUCAGAACUCAUUAAAAAUUUUACAAGCACUUAACAAGGUAAAUUCUACCAGAGAUGAUCAGAUUCGACAGAGAAACUUCAAAAUUCCUGUAAUGGAAAUACUUGAUAAGUCGGUUAAGGUAUUUUUCAAGAAUUGCUUUCCCAAUGUUCUUCAAACAGAUAUGAAUCAAUUCAUAAAUGAGGUGAUGAUGGGAAAUUGUAUACCUCAGUUCAAUCGAGUGAGGCAAUAUCUCUCAGCACUUCACGAGAUCACUCAGCAAUUAAUUCCAUAUCCUUGCAUCUUUGAUAUGGAUACAAAGCUUAACUUUUUAAAGAUAGAAUCCCAAAUACUUCAAAGCAAUGCCAUUCAACUUCAGGUGAAUGUUUCAAGGACAGCAGUUCUUCAAGACUUAAUAAAAUGGUACAGAUCUCACAAUGGACUCGUGUAUUUUAGAGCACUUAAGGUUACAUUUAAUAAUGAACCAUGUUUUGGUCCUGGGGUGACACAGGAAUUCUUCACUCUUUUCAGCGAGGAGCUCCAGAAUGAUGAAAGGAUAUUUACAAACGAUGAUGAAUCUAACUUGCUGUGGUUCCCCAACAGGGAAACAGAAAUGGAAGAUAUAUUUCACCUGGUGGGAAUUCUUUGUGGAAUUGCUCUAUCCAAUAAUUUUGUUUGCAACUUUCACUUCCCUUUGGCUUUGUACAAAAAGUUGCUCCAUGUGCAAACAACACUGGAAGAUCUGAAGGAACUCUUGCCAACAAUAGGAGCGUCACUCCAAGAUAUGCUUAACUAUGAGUAUGAUGACAUUGAAGAAGAGUAUUGCCAAAAUUUUGUGGUAGCCAAAGAGACAGAGGACGGGAGAGUUGCACAUGAACUAAUUGCUGAUGGUGCCAACAUACCAGUUCAAAAGCAUAACAGGAAACAGUUUGUUGAUGCCUUUGUGGACUAUAAGUUUAACGUUGCGGUGGAGAAACAAUUCAAAGCCUUUUCUGAGGGUUUUAGGAGAGCUUUCCCACUACCCAUUGUGGAUUUAUUCCUACCAGAAGAACUGAUGGCCAUUAUCCAUGGAAACACCAACUACAAUUGGAAACUUCUGGAACAGAAUACCACCUACUAUGGUUAUCAAGCAACUGACAGAAUAAUUAGAGAUUUUUGGGAAGUUUUUGAAAGCCUGCUAGGAGAGGAGAAAAAGCAAUUUAUUGCUUUUUUGUCAGGAAGUGAGAGACUCCCAGCAGGUGGGAUUGGAAGAAUUAGCAUUAAAAUAUGCAGACCUAGGACCAAUUUCGAACCGGAUUUAUCGUACCCUCGUGCAUACACCUGCACCAGGAGCCUGGAACUCCCCAAUUACAGCACAAAAGAACUACUGAGAGAGAGGUUACUUCACGCAAUUGAACACACUGAAUUCUGUGCAGAACCACCCUAAUAUCUGCAGUUGAUCUAAAACUAUGUAGUUAAUCUAAGAUGUCUUAAUUGAUCAAAAUAAGUUAUGGCAGAACAUCUGUUUGAUAACAAUGCAGAAAUUUUCCAUGGUGUUGCUGCAGUUCUUUAAAACUCUCUCUAUUGAAACCAGUAAUGCACACCGAUACUAUUGAGUAAUGUAUUCCACCUUUGCUAAAAUGGAUGGUUGUGAAGGAGCCAUAUUAUUUGCAUUUAGGAAGUACAUUUUGAACUAUUAUUGGCAUAACAAGUAUUUUAUCAUGUACAAAGCAAAAUCACUGUGGAAAGUGAAAAUCUUAAAAAA